AUGGAGUCUCCGGUACUCAAAACCUCCGACACGCUUGGCUGCCGGCCUCGCUUCCGCCGCUGGUGCCAGAGCCGGCGCUGCCAGCUGUGGCGGCUGCUGCUGUUACCCUUCAUCCCGAUCCUCGCGCUGAUCAUCCAGACCACGCUGUCGCUGAAUAACAGCCUGACUAACGGGCUCGAAGUCGCCGAUGUUGAGGAGCAGGUUAGCAGAGCAACAGAGCUUGGUAAAUUGGUGACAAGACUGCAACAGGAGAGGUCUGAGGUGGCCUUCUUCAUCUUCACCAAUGGCAGUACUUUAAGGUCGAAUUUAACCCAGCGCUUUGCAGCGACUGACAGCGCGUUGGACCAGAUGGGAGAACUUCCAAACCUGGUGUUCAAGAAUCGGGCCAGACCUAUCAACGGGAGUGUCUUUUUGAGAGAAUUAUCUGCUUUAAGAUAA